UUGAGCUUAUUAUUGGUGAUGUUGAUAAUGAACUUAGAGAUAUUUUCUGGCAAUCAGAUAAACAAGUGCAGCUAAUGUUAAGAUUUAAUGAUGUUUUUGAUAAUAAUACAAGAAGCAGAUUAGUUGCUCAAGCAUUAUUGCCAAAUAAAUCCAUAAACUCUUUUAAUUGGCUUUUUACAUGCCUUAAAAAAGAAAAUCCUACUUAUAAAUCUGGCAUUAUUUUUUCUAAUUCAGAUUAUGCAAUAGCUAUAGCGAUUUCUACAAUAUUUCUAUUAGCUUAUCACUAUCUUUGUAUAUUUCACAUUGGUAAUAAUAUUAAAAAAAAGGCCCGAUUAAAGCUUGAAGAACAUUGUGCUAGUGAACCAAAUUUUACAAAUACUUGUAUUAAAAAUAAUUAUAAUUCUCAACAAAUUCAUCUUAAUUCACUUUUACAUAAUAUAUUAUAUAAUAGUAUUAAAGAAGCUUGGCGUAUUGUUAGACUUACAGAAUCAAGUAUAGCUAUUUUUCAUAUUUCUUUUAUAAUGCAACACUGGUAUAAAGAUAUUUAUCUUAAUGAACUAGAAGAAAGCUUUGAUCAUAUUUCAGCAAUUCGACCACAUUAUAAUAAAUCUUCAUCUGCAAUUAUAUUUGCACCUAUUUUAUCAAAUCAAACUAUUUUAUCAAAUCAAACUAUUUUAUCAAAUCAAUUUAUUUUAUCAAAUCAAUUUGAAAAACUUACUUUUAUACAUAAAGCUUCAGAAUUUAAAAAGCCAAAUAAAAAGUUUCUUCAAGAUAGGAUAUGUUAUGGUAAAAGUUAUAGAUUAUUACAAUCAGUUUUAACUUUAGCAAUAGAAACUGAAACAAAUAAAGAAGUAAAUAAUUGGUACUAUCAGUUUAUUCAACAAAAAAGAAAAAUUUCGAAAGUCUCAUUAACUACUUCUAAAUCAAAUAUUAAUGAAUCGCUAGAUUAA